AUGGCCAGCAGCUUAGCAGCAGCCACUCGUCUCGGCUUCCGCCGAUUUGCCCACCAGGCGCAAAGCACUUCGCCGCGACACUUCCUGUCCAUUGCGGACCUUACCCCUACCGAGUUUGCAACUCUCGUACGCAAUGCAGCAUCCCAUAAACAGCAAAUCAAGUCAGGUGUCGUCCCACGAGGCCUGCAAGGCGCCUUGUCUGGCAAGACCGUCGCCAUGAUGUUCAACAAGCGCAGUACCCGCACCCGCGUGUCAACAGAAGCUGCUGCUUUUCAAAUGGGCGGUCACCCUAUGUUCCUGGGCAAGGACGAUAUUCAGCUUGGCGUAAACGAAUCGGUCUAUGAUACAUCUGUGGUGAUAUCUUCCAUGGUUUCAUGCAUUGUGGCACGAGUCUCAAAGCACUCUGAUGUCAAGGAGCUGGCGGAGCACUCGACUGUUCCCGUUAUCAAUGCCCUUUGCGACUCCUACCACCCCCUUCAGACCGUUGCCGAUUUCCUAACAAUCUAUGAGUCAUUCGCACCCAAGGCCACUGCCCACGGCAGCCCUAGUCUAGGCCUAGAAGGUCUCAAGAUCGCAUGGGUCGGUGAUGCUAAUAAUGUUCUUUUUGAUAUGGCAAUUGGCGCUUCCAAGAUGGGCGUCGAGAUGGCCGUAGCUACUCCGAAGGGCUAUGAGAUUCCCGCUGACAUGCUUCGAGUUAUCCAGGGCGCAGGCCAGGGUAAACUUACCCAAACUAAUGUCCCGCAGGAGGCUGUCAAGGAUGCGGAUAUCUUGGUCACAGACACUUGGGUCUCAAUGGGCCAGGAGGAUGAGUCAAUCAAGCGUCUGAAGGCUUUCAACGGCUUCCAGAUUACGAGCGAGCUCGGAAAGGGCGCCAAGGAGAACUGGAAAUUUAUGCACUGUCUUCCUCGACACCCAGAGGAGGUCAGCGACGAGGUCUUCUACAGCCCUCGUUCGCUCGUUUUUCCUGAGGCCGAAAACCGACUCUGGGCUGCUAUUUCAGCCCUCGAAGGCUUUGUUGUGAACAAGGCAAUAUUUUGCCAAGCCAGUAAGCAUGGAGGCCCAGUUUAG